GUUAACAGCCACUUUUUUGGUGAAACCAAUAAUCAAUAUUCUAUUUUCUAAUACAUUUUUUGUCAAAUUGAGACAAAAUAAAUAAAAUAAACCUAAAAAAGCAUAAACAAUUAGACAAGAUGUGUUCGAAGAGUUGAAGUGAAUGGUGAACCCCAUAGCCAUUAUAAAUAUACCCACACUUCAUUUCUCUCUUCUCCAUUCAUUCUCUUAAACUCUUCAUCUCUCUCUCUCUCUCUUUCAAGCUCUAUCUCUUAAUUUAUCGAUCAAAUGGUUGAACAGAAGAAGUACCUAUUGUUUCUGGGGGUGCCUGAUUCGGAGUUUGCCAAGAAAACGUACGGAGGAUACCAUAACGUGUUUGUUUCUUUGCUCGGCGAUGAAGGAGAGCAAUGGGAUUCUUAUAGAGUCGUGGACGGUGAGUUUCCCGACGAGAAGGAUCUUGAGAAGUACGAUGGAUUCGUCAUCAGUGGAAGCUCCCAUGAUGCCUUUCAGGACACUGAUUGGAUCUUGAAGCUUUGUGAUAUUAUCAAGAAACUCGAUGAGAUGAAGAAGAAAGUUUUAGGUGUAUGCUUUGGCCACCAGCUAAUAGCUAGAGUGAAGGGAGGGAAGGUAGGGAGAGCAAGGAAAGGACCAGAGCUUUGCCUCGGAAACAUAACCAUCCUGAAGGACGCAGUGGCGCCCGAAAACUACUUUGGUGAGGAAGUUCCGACGAGUCUGAGGAUCAUAAAAUGUCAUCAGGACGAAGUUUUGGAGCUGCCUGAAAGUGCAAAACUACUUGCAUGUUCAAGCAUGUACGAGGUAGAAAUGUAUUCAAUCGAAGAAAACUUCCUCUGCAUUCAGGGACAUCCUGAGUAUAACCGUGACAUUUUGAUCGAUAUCCUCGAUCGUGUGCUUGCUGGAGGCCACAUUACGGAAGACUUUGUGAAAACGUCAAAAGCAACAUUGGAGAAUAAUGAACCAGACAGGCAAUUUUGGCAGAAGAUUUGCAAAAACUUCCUCAAAGGUUAAGCCUCCUUGUUAGUUUGACUUGCAAAUCUGAAGUCCCAUUUGGCCCUCACAAUAUUUUUACCCUUCAUUUUAUUUCUCGAUCUCCAUGUAUCCACUUUAUAUUAUUAUUUAAUGUAUGAUAUUUGUUGUAAUGUAUACAUAUUUUCAAAUAAAAACUUUACGGUGAUAGUAAUAUUAUUAUAUUAUUGGUACGAAAGUGUUAUUUUAAAUCGGAAUUUUCAAGAUUGACAUAGAAAACAUGCACUAAAAGUUCACCGUCUUAAAAAAAUCAUUUUAUUAUUACUACUGUCACAAUAAUAAUCAAUAUUUUACCUAAACUAAGUAAGUAUUACCGUCUAUUCUAAAACACUCGUUUGAAUUUUCAAUGAUAACUAUUUAACAACUUAUCAACAAAAUUACAUAUACAUAAAUAUAUAUUGGAGCGGACUAGAUAUCUCUCUUAAACUUUAGUAUUUACGAUCCAUUUAUGUUU